CCUCGUCGCCCUGGAUACCCCGUCGGUCGCUCGCUCGCUGGACUCGACUCGGUGCAGAACUGGAUGCGUCUGAAGGCCGCGCCGCCAUUGCUGCUGCUGUUCCUGCAGAGCUGAGCUGAGACUCCGGGUCUUUACGUCUUCAUAAUGAAGAAGAAAAGUCGUCAUCACCGACCCCCGGUGCUGAAGAGGGAUUCGUCUCCAAUCAAGCCGUCGCCCAACCGGGAGACGCUGACGUACGCGCAGGCCCAGCGGAUAGUUGAGCUGGAGGUGGACGGCCGCGUGCACCGGAUCAGCAUCUACGACAAGAUGGAUGUCAUCGGCGACGACGACCCCACGGCGCAGGAGAUCAUGGAGUGUAACAGCAACAAGGAGAACAACGAGAAGCCCCAGCAGGUCCUGGUGCGCUCAGUGCGCCUUAAAAACAACCAGCAGAAGAAGAACGCCGCGCUCAUGGCCACGCACAGCAGUACUGGCAGCCUGUUGGAGCCAAAGGUUAGAACGGUUGAAUACAACCUGCCGGUGGUGCCCAAGAGGCCGGCGGCGUAUUACAAAUACACGGAGAGGACGGCGGAGGAGUUGGACGAGGAGGUGGAGUACGACAUGGACGAGGAGGACUACGCCUGGCUGGAGCUCAUCAACGACAAGAGGAAGAGCGAGGGCGUCAGCCAGGUGUCGCACAACCUGUUUGAGUUCCUCAUGGACCGCUUCGAGAAGGAGUCGUACGCGGCAACGCAGGGUCAGAGCGACCAGCAGUCGCUGGUGGACGAGGACGCCGUGUGCUGCGUCUGCAUGGACGGAGACGGAGCCGACAGCAACGUCAUCCUCUUCUGCGACUCCUGCAACAUCGCCGUGCACCAGGAGUGCUACGGCGUGCCGUACAUCCCCGAGGGCCAGUGGCUCUGCCGACACUGCCUUCAGUGUCCGGCGCGUCCCGCCGAGUGCGUCUUCUGCCCCAACAGAGGCGGAGCCCUGAAGAAGACAGACGACGGCCGCUGGGGCCACGUAGCGUGCGCCCUGUGGGUGCCCGAGGUCGGCUUUUCCGACACCGUUUUCAUCGAGCCCAUCGACGGCGUUUGCAACAUCCCGCCGGCGCGCUGGAAGCUCACCUGCUACCUGUGCAAAGAGAAGGGCGUGGGCGCUUGCAUCCAGUGCGACAAGAUCAACUGCUACACCGCCUUCCACGUCAGCUGCGCCCAGAGGGCCGGCCUUUACAUGAGGAUGGAGCCCGUGAAGGAGGUGACGCCGUCCGGCAGCGCCUCCUUCUCUGUGAAGAAGACCGCCUACUGCUGCAGCCACACGCCGGAGGGCUGCGACCGCCGGCCGCUCGGCAUCUACGAGGAGCCGCACCCGAAGAACGGAGCGUGCCACAAGAGAGCCGACAAGAGGGGGAAGUCCCGGGCCAAGGGCUGGGCGAAGAAGAAGAGCAAGAGAGGCGAGCCUGAACCGGAACCAGAGCCCGAGACCCCCACCAACUCUGGGCCCAGUAUCACUGCUUCAAGUUUCGACACCAUCCUGAACCAGGUGGCGGUCCAGAGGAAGCGGGUGUUCGUGGAGCGGUUGCUGAGCUACUGGGUGCAGAAGAGGCAGUCGAGGAACAACGUGCCGCUGAUCCGCCGGCUGCAGGCCAACCCUCAGCCGCCGAAGAUCAAGCAGAUGGACCGUGCGGAGACGAACAAGGCGCUGAAGGAGCAGCUGAAGGAGUGGCACCGCCUCCGCCACGACCUGGAGCGAGCUCGUCUGCUGCUGGAGCUCAUCAGGAAGAGAGAGAAGCUGAAGAGGGAGGAGAUGAAGCUGCAGCAGUCGGCGCUGGAGGUCCAGCUGACCCCCUUCAACAUCCUGCUGAGAGCCGUGCUCAGUCAGCUGCAGGAGAAGGACCAGUACAGCAUCUUCGCUCAGCCCGUCAACACCAAGGAGGUCCUCGACUACCUGGACCACAUCAAGGACCCCAUGGACUUCUCCACCAUGAGGAAGCGCAUCGACGGCCACGAGUACCGGAGCCUGGAGGAGUUUGAGGCCGACUUCGACCUCAUCAUCUUCAACUGCAUGAAGUACAACGCCAAGGACACGUUUUUCUACAGGGCCGCCCAGCGCAUGCAGGACCACGGGGCCAUCCUCCGCAGGGCCCGCAGAGAGGCCGAGAGAAUCGGCUUCGACUUCCCCAGCGGGUUGCAUCUGCCCGAGGCCCCGAAACCGGAGACGCCGCCCACCUUCUCCUGGGAGGAAGUGGACCGGCUGCUGAGCCCCGCCUACCGUCAGCUGACCCCUCUGGAGGACCAGCUGAGGGAGCUGCUGGAGAAGCUGGACCUGAGCACGGCCAUGAAGCACAGCCCGUCACGCAGCAAGAGGCUCAAACUGCUCAAGAAGACCAUCACGGAGGUCCGCAGCGAGAUGAGCCUGAAGAAGUCCCACAGAAAGCCUCCGCCGGCGCCUCCGGAGCCCAGCGCGACCCCCACAGAGGAGAAACCACUACCUGAACCCCCAGCAGAGCCCCGCACGCCACAGGAGGAGAAGCCUCCGCCCUCGCAAACGUUUGAGCUGUUGACCUCACUGUCGCGGGUCGACGUCUCGCCUGGCGACGCGGAGCCGCCGCCCCCUCUAAAGGCCACCAAACCCAGCACGGACUGUUCCUCCUCGGAGCCCGACGACGACACCGACACGUCUACCUCAGUGCCCAACGGGCACGCCCUGGACCCGCUGCUCCCCAACGGCGACCUCCACGUCGACGCCUCCGGCCCGUGCAACCGGCGGAACAACAUCCUCUUCCGCAAGUCCAAGAGCGCCAGCCCCCAGAAACCAGUCAAGAGCCAGGAGGCGUCCGCUGUGUCGCCGCCGACGUCGCCUUCCCUCGGCGCCAAAACCUUCCUGUCCGUGGUGAUCCCUCGAUUGGAGACGCUCCUCCUGCCGAAGAAAAGACGACGCAGCAGCAGCGCCGACGGCGAGGAGGAGGACGAGGAGUCGCCGAUAAAACGCCUCGGCACAGGAAUAGCAAACGGUUUUGUGGUGGAGGACGAAGAGAUCUCACCGUCUCCCCGCCUGCUGGAGCCUCGCCGCCGCUGUGCCUCCGAGUCGAGCAUCUCCUCCAGCGGGAGCGUCCUCUGCGGCACGAGCACCGUCAUCGUUUCUAAAAGCGGUAAAGGCCGCUCGCCGGCCGCUCGCCGGAGCACCGUGGACGACAAGAGCACCCUGGUGACCUGCAUCGAGAACGGGGAGUUCACCAAAGCGGCCAAGAUCUCGUCAGAUUGUGGACCCCCGAGCGCGGAGGAAGAGGGGUCAGCACAACGGGGCGGAGCUUCCCCAGCAGCCCCCCCCGCCGCCGCCGGACGUUCUCAGAGCCGGAGAGCGGAUGCAGUUCAGGUCCGCAGAGAAACUCUUCCUCGUCCACUUCUUCGACAGCAAGCGCAGCUGGCAAUGGCUUCCUAGAUCCAAGAUGGCUCCCUUCGGGCACAACCGGGCGCUCGACGAAACCAAGCUGACGGAGGCUCGCUCCUCCUGCAUCCGAAAAGCUGUG